GCACUUUUGCGCACACAAGUUUUUUCUAGGUAAAAGAAAUGAGGUUCGCUGGUACUCUACUUUUUGCUUUAGCUGUUCACGUUAAUUCUACUGUUUGCUUCAAUAGAGAGCCGUCCCCACCACCGGAUGCAUUUCCGGUUACUAGGACAUUUCGCCUGGACUCAGAUAAGUAUAAUGGUCUAUACUUCUGGGAUUUAAAUACCGGCUUUCAACCACUCUCAGGUGCAGUAACUUUUGUAGUAAAGGGCGACACCAUCGUUGGAAGGGGCAUUCGAAAUGUUAUAUAUCCAAUUUAUGAUAGUGAGCGCCAUGUGAUUGUAAUAGAAGCCGGGCAACACAAGCGAGUUUCAAGUCAACGCGGGAAUUCAUACGGUCUAUUCUCAACUUAUUAUAUAUCAAGACCAGAACCUCGGCCUCAACCUCCACGUUUCUAUUUAAUUUCUGCUUCGGAAGCAAAUCUUUCUGAUCUUCACUACUUCCCAGGAAAUAGUCGUCGCCUGAUUUCAGUUUCCGGUAACCUAAAAUUAGUAGAGAGGUCAGGCACUAAUACCAUCAUUGGAUGGUACGCAAAUCAUUUUAUUCAUCCGUUAUAUGAUGGUAAAGAACACUUGAUUGUACAAAAUACAGCAACUGGUAUGAACAAGGAAAUUACGCCCAAUGAAGGUGUGGAAUUUGGUGUAUACUCACGUAUCCCAGUUGACCCACCAACUUAUCGGAAUUAUGCAAGAAGAACCGCAUACCGCGUCGCUCACGGACAAACAUCAGAUAGUCGAUUUGUACGGUCCAUCAACGGAGCCUUCAACUAAUUUAGAUUUUCUUUUUUACUGCGAACUCUACUCGAAACGUUUCGAG